UUUUCAUCGUCUGAUCAAUGUUGAGCGGCUGCCUUGUUUCCUCCUCAUCACCUGUACAAGCCACAAAGGAACCAGCAGCAAACCUCAGAAGAACGACAGGAUGGACUUCCAGGAGGAUGGAUUAAUGCUCAACCUAUCAGAUCACAGAUAUAAUGACACUGAUUUUGACUACGACAUUGUUGGACCUUGUUCUUACCAGAACAACCACAGCGUGGAGCUGGUGGUCGGUCCGUACGUCAACUCCAUCAUCUGCAUCCUGGGCUUGGUGGGGAACAGUCUGGUGAUCCUCACCUACGCCUUCUACAAGAGGACCAAGUCCAUGACUGACGUCUACCUGCUCAACGUGGCCAUCGCAGACCUGCUGUUCGUGGUGGCGCUGCCGCUCAUCGUCUACAACGAGCUUUCGGCGUGGUCGAUGGGGCCGGUGGCCUGCAAGCUGCUGCGUGGCUCCUACAGCGUGAACCUGUACAGCGGCAUGCUGCUGCUUGCCUGCAUCAGCUCCGACCGCUACAUCGCCAUCGUCCAGGCCCGCCGCAGCUUCAGGCUGCGCUCGCUGCCCUACAGCCGCCUCAUCUGCGUCGUCGUCUGGACCCUCGCCUUUCUGCUGUCUGUUCCCACCUUCUACUUCUACAACUGGUACGAGCCGUCCCACAUCAGGGACGCCUACAUGUACGAGGGAGAGGAGAAGAAUCUGACCCACAUCAGCGACGCCUCCGUGUACGAGGGAGAGGAGAAGAAUCUGAUCCACAUCAGCGACGCCUCCGUGUACGAGGGAGAGGAGAAGAAUCGGACCUCCAGGCCUCCACAGUACGUGUGCGAGUUUAGGUUCAUGGACGACAGCGCGGCCUGGAAGACCAAGGUGGCCAUACCCAGCACCCAGCUGGCUGUGGGCUUCUUUCUGCCGCUGCUCAUCAUGAUCUUCUGCUACUCCGCCAUCAUCGUCACGCUGCUGAGAGCCAGAAACUUCGAGCGGCACAAGGCAGUGCGGGUGGUGCUGGCCGUGGUGGUGGUGUUCAUCGCCUGCCACCUGCCCUACAAUAUCGCGCUGUUUUACGACACCGUCAACAUGUUCCAGCAGCAGACGUGUGAAGCCUCGGACGCCCUGCAGGUGGUCAAGACGGUGACGCAGACCAUCGCCUACCUGCACUGCUGCUUGAACCCGGUGCUGUACGCCUUUGUCGGGGUGAAGUUCAGGAACCACUUCAGAAGGAUCAUCCAGGACCUUUGGUGUCUGGGGAAGAGGUACAUCACCCCACGCCGCUUCUCCAGGGUCACCUCAGAGAUCUAUGUGUCCACUCGCCGCUCGGUGGAUGGAUCUAGCGACAACGGCUCGUCAUUCACCAUGUGAGGACGUCCGGUGAGUUCAUCUGUGGAGCCGAUUGUUGUGGACUAGAGACUUCCUGUUGAGUCCAAAUUCACUGGAGCUGAGCUCGAGGUCUGCAAGUAUCUGAGAGUCCAAACUUGACUCAAGUCUGUAAAACAUUUUGUAAUAUUGUGUUGCUUAAAGCUUUGUUUCUCAAUGAGGGGGUCACAAGAUAAGUGUCAGGGGUUGUCAGAUGAUUUAAAAGACAAGAAAUGAGACCAAAACAAUUUGCUGCACUCGUUUUGUUUAUCUUUAUCUUUAUCUUUCAUUUUUGUUUGUUGGCUCGUCUCUUAUGUCUCUUUGUGGUCGUUUUGCGUCUCUUUGGGGGGGGGGUCACAUUUUUAUGGACAUUUGGUGGUUUUAGCAAACACGUUCUCCGAUUAAAAACGUGCAUUUUGUCACUGUCCUGCGACAACCGUGUAUCUCCAAAAUGCCCCUCCCCCCCGUUUUCACCCGCUC